AUGUCUUACAUCUGCGAAGGAACGGUUUGGCCAGACGUUGAUAUAUCCACCGAGACUAAGGCACUGCUGAAUCGGUUUUUCGAGUUAGCGGACCUAAAUUCCCCAGAGGCAGGACCUCUCAUGGCAGAUGAAGUCUUUUCCGCCGAUGCAGUCGUUAAAAGCGGAAAACAAAGAGUAUCUGGCUCAAAUGCGAUCAGAAACUCGCGCAAGAACGCAUGGGACCAUAUCCAGAAGCGGCGCCAUCACAUCUCGCGCGUCUAUUUUCGAGACCAGGGUUGCAUGGAUUUGAUGCUACUUGGAGAGCUCCAGGCGGAGCUCAAAUCUGGCACAGUUGUGCAUCAGGAAUUCUGUGCCCGUGCGGUUGCGGAGGAACGAUCCGCGAACGAAGGUCCGAGAUUGACUUUAUAUCAAGUUUGGGCGAUUUCCGAUCUGCUAGACAAGAACGAUGUCUCGAAUUUUAAGGAGUGGGCAGCGGCCAAUAUUCACGGCUCCCUCAAGUCGCUUGAGAAACUCGCCUGCAGUGUCACCAGGGUGACAGGGGAGAUUCUGAGUACAGACGACCCAUCCAAAUUAUCUUUGAUCUUUCAAGUCCUUGUGGGAUCGGUCCUUGUUAUUGCCCCCUGGUACGGUGGCAUUGUCCUACCUGCCAAAACCAUUACCCAGCCCCUUGCGGCAGGAUGUACCGUCGUCUUCAAGGCCUCAGAACUCUCUCCCCGAACACACCAUCUAGUUGCGAAGAUGUUCAUUGAUGCUGGCCUACCCGCCGGCGCUCUAAAUGUGGUCCAGACCCGGCGUGAAGAUGCGGAAAAUGUCACGCGAGCUGUCAUUGCGCAUCCUGCCAUCCUCCUGAUGGAGUUGGGAGGCAAAUGCCCUACCAUUGUGCUCGACGAUACCGACGUCUCCAAUGCCGCGCCAAAGUGUAUUGUUGCGUUUGUUUUUGUUUUCCAUCAGUACUAUCUACGACUUUGCCGAAAAUUUGACAUGACUGACACUCUGGGUUCAUUCCUCCUCCACGGACAGAUAUGCUUCUCGACCAAACUGAUUAUAGUAUUAGAAGCGAUAGCCGAGAAGUUCACCGCGGAAUUCAGGGCCAAGGCCCAAAAUCGGCAACCUGUUGAUGUCGUCAGUAAGAGGAUCAUCGACAACACAAACAGCCUUGUGGAGGACGCUCGCGCUAAGGGCUGUGAAUUUGUGCUGGGAGCGGGUAUGCCGGGAUUUGUGCGGCCGUCGGCGCUACAGCCCAUCAUCCUGACCAAUGUGACCAAGGAUAUGGCCAUUUACGACAGUGAAAGCUUUGGCCCGUCGGUCAGUCUAUACAUUGUCAAGACAGAAGAUGAGGCUGUCGCAUUGGCCAACAGUUCAGCUUAUGGGCUGAAUGCGGCGGUGUAUUCGCAGAACGUAACCCGCGCAUUGCGGGUGGCAAGGCAGAUUGAGUGUGGUACUAUCUAG